CCCUCCGCCUCCCCCUCCGCCUCCCCCUCCCCUACCUUUACCCCCGGCAGCAACUUAUAUAGAUCUUCCCUCGUUCAACGAAGUCCUUUUUAUACCUACACUUACAGGCACAAGCAAAGAAGUCGCCUUUCUCUUCAAUUCCCUUUUUUAUCCUGACCGGUUCUCCUCCUUUGUCUCCAUUUACAUACACGUCUCUCUCCGCAGCCCUCGAUCGACCGAACUACACUCCUCUCAGCCCGCAAAAAGUUGUCAAGACACGCCAGCGACGACGGCAGCAACCACGACACACACGACACACACGACACACACGACACACACGACACACACGACACACACGACACACACGACACACACGACACACACGACACACACGACACACGACACGACACGACACGACACGACACGCCCACCACCCAGAUAAAUACACUACCCCUCACGGCCUUAUCCUUCCUCGGCAUCUCAGAUCACCAGGUCCCCCGAGUCCCCUCGAAAUCUACAUAUACAUCCAUCAGAAGCCGCUCAAAACCCGCCACCACCCAUCGAAGCGCAACGAAAACACCGCCGAACCUGGCGCGAACCUAUGAUCGAUUUGCCGUUGCGAGAAUACAAGCCUCCAAGCGGGCCAAUAUAAAGCCCUCUCUCCUCACGGCAUACUCUGGACGUGUUGGCCAGACAUAGCACUACUGUAUGACUGACUUGGGGGACAUCUUCGAUGAGCUCGGCCUUACCCAGUAUCUUGAUAGUUUCCUCGACCAGGGUUUCGACACAUGGGACACCAUCCUUGACAUCACGGAGCCGGACUUCGACGUCCUCGGCGUGAAACUCGGCCACAGGAGGAAACUCCAAAGGAAGAUCGCAGCGACGAGAGGUAUCAGCCAUGCCCAAGCAUUAGCGUCACCGAAGCGAGGCACGGCCUCGCUGGAGGACAAGCAGUCCGACGACACCAAGGGCGCCACGCCGAGGUCAGAUGGCAAAGAUGGCAACGCGUCGACCCAGCCGAGCGGGAAACGAAAAUACAGGAGGCACCCCAAGCCGGACGAGAACGCUCCCGAGAGGCCGCCGUCCGCAUAUGUCAUCUUCUCCAAUAAGAUGCGCGAGGAUCUGAAGGGCCGGCCGCUAUCCUUCACCGAAAUCGCCAAGUUGGUGGGAGAGAACUGGCAGAACCUGGCCCCGAGCGAGAAGGAGCUCUACGAGCAGCAGGCGUUUGCUGCGAAGGAGAAAUACACGGUCGAGCUGGCGGAAUACAGGCGGACGGAGAGCUAUAGGACGUACUCGGAAUAUCUGAUCGAGUUCAAGGCCAAGCAGCUGCAGCUACAAGAGAGUAAUCAGGAGGGUAGGGUCAUGUCCAGAGCGGAUCCUAAAGGUCCAAAACUGACAGUGACAGCACUUAAUGAGAAUUCCAAGAGGCCAAAGCUCGAGAAUAUGAAUACGAGCAACAACAGCACCACCACGAAAAGCAGCACCGCAUCCAACCUGAGCCGUGAAGCCUCACUAGACUCCAGAACACGCGUCCCAUCCCUCGGCCCCAUCCCAGCGCCCUGGUUUCCAGCCGACACGGCACUACAGGCCCCGCUACCGCCAAGCACCAAGGCCCAGACGUCGCCUGGCGGACCCAGCACCGCGCUGCCAGGAUACCGCGACACAGUCAUCAACCCGAACCUGCAGACGGUCGCGUGGAGGGAUCAUGCCCGCGCGCCAGAGCUCCCAAUACACGGGUACAACCGCCAGGUCGAGCCGAAGCUGAACCAGUCCGGGAUCUUGAAUGCGCCAGAGACGCCAACCGCGCAGGCCUUCCACAACCAGCCACGCCCGUCGCCGUCGUCGAUUGGUGCUUUAUCGCCGCCGUCCCUGACAUCAGAAUCGACCGUCUCGACGCAGCAGUCUACCUCGUCGUCCACGGCCGCUGACCCGCGUCAGAACACCUACUUCGCGCCUCGCAUACCCCUGGACCCAUCACGUGAUAAGCCGUCAUUCCCCAUGCACCCGGCCUUCUCCCACAACAACUCCAAGGCACAGGCGCACUUCGACACCCUCCCACCCAUCCGCCACCCCUCGCUCUCGCCGCAGCUGCCGGCGUCCAUCUCGUACAACUCCCAGUCCGGCAUCCUCGCCAUGGACUACUCCUCCAUCAACCAGGCCAGCCAGCGCACCGGCUACCUGUCCCCCACGCGCCCACUGCACCGGCCGCAGCCGCUCCCGCUACAGCUGCGCCAUCCCCACCCGAAAUCCCCGGACGACGAUAACGCGCCGCUCAACCCCAUCUCGACGCUUAUUCGCGCGGGCGAGAUAGUGAGUAAUCAGGGCCGGCAGCAGCAGCUGCCGGAGAAGGCGCAGGGGGAUCAGCACCAGCAAGAUCCCUGGUGAAGCAGAAGGGGGGGGUAUAUAAUACAUACCAUACCACCAUCUUUUUCUCCCUUAACUAUAUACCCACGACGCGUCGUAUCCGACAUACACAGCGUCGCUAUCACAUACAGGUCCGGGUCCGGCUACCCGACAACUGACUGCGGGUACGCUACUUAUUACCACCUUGAUAUGCGAAAUCAACAACCAUAUUACAGCACCCCGCGCAUCUAAUCACCGCUCUGCACUCACUUGCAUUGCGCGGAGAACACACAUCGCAUCACGAAACUAACUAAACCAACAAACGACGGCGCCGAGCGCUCUACAUUGCUGGCGCGGGCGCGGCGUCCGCUCCCUAUGCGGCUUUUUUUAGACUACCAUGUCUCACCACACACCACUACAUCAUACACGUUAUACACGUUUAUUCCUGCGCUUGCAUACAUUACACGCCGUAACUACGGUCGGCGGCCGGUCGAUACAGUGGCGUUGAUAUCGCUAGUGUGUGUGCGAGGAGAGAAAAGGAGAGAGAGAGAGAGAAGAGAGGAAAGAAAUGAAGGAGAGGAGGAAAAGAGAGGAGGGGGGAGGAGAGUGGUUACUACCGUUUAUACCCCGGCGAUCAGGGACAGAGGACUACACCGAUGGAUGAAUGGACGGCGGAUGGAAGGGGAGUAGCUGGGGUCGUGGGUUGGUUGGUGGAGGUAGAUUUGUGGAGGGGUUGUCUGUCUGUAGAUAGAUGCGGAAAGAAAGAUGAGAGAUAAGAGAGAUAAGAGAGAUGAGAGAGAUGAGAGAGAUGAGAGAGAUGAGAGAGAUGAGAGAGAUGAGAGAGAUGAGAGAGAUGAGAGAGAUGAGAGAGAUGAGAGAGAUGAGAGAGAUGAGAGAGAUGAGAGAGAUGAGAGAGAUGAGAGAGAUGAGAGA